AUGCCUCUCCCUCCGCCUGUGUCUGCCACAGCGAGGCAAACAAUAAGAGCAGCAUAUGAUGAUCUCAAUCGGACAAUUACCCCGGCAGACUCGCGCGACUUUCGUGCUACGACGAUCAAGAGUGUACGAGAUGCGGCGCUCGAAAUCGAAAGGCAGCUUGCCGCGAGAGGAUCGCUUCGCAACAUGCGUCGUCUCAUGCCUCUAUUCAGAGGAAUAGAGCACUACUCAAAGGUGAUGGAUAUUCUAUGCAACGGAACCCCAUAUCUGCCGUGGAUAUGGGCACCGAUCGCUCUCAUUCUGCGAGUGGCUUCAGAACACGUGGAAGCUUUUGAACAGAUCAUCAAGGGCUAUGCUCAGCUUGCUGAGUCGCUUGGAAGGUUCGAGAUUUUAGACAAUGCCUUUAAAGACGACCACGACUUUCAACAAGUCUUGGCCGUCUUCUAUGCCGACAUUCUUCAGUUCCAUAAACAUGCUUACAAGUUUGUUCGGCGAAGCGGUUGGAGGCUAUUAUUUCUUACUUCUUGGGGUCGAUUUCAGCGACGAUUCGAUAGCAUCAUUGAAGACAUGGGACGUCAUAGCGACUUGAUUGACAAGGAAGCAAAUGCUCGCAAUAUUUCCGAAGCACAAGAAAUGCGUCGCGAUCUCCGUGCUUGGAGGCAAGAGAAUAUUGACAAGGUGAAAAGCCUCGAAGGCGAACAAGCUAUCAAGCAGUAUCAGUCAAUCAUUGCGUGGAUGAAUAUUGACGAGUCGGACCAACUGGCCAUCUUUGAUUCAAUCAUGGCAGAGGGGCGCAAUUAUCCAGGCACAUGCGCAUGGAUAUUGAAGAACCCCAAGGUCAGCUCCUGGCUCCAGAAAAGGCCAGAAUCGCCAAUCCUUUGGUUACAAGGCACGCCUGGAUCUGGGAAGAGUGUGAUUUCCACCCAACUCGUCAAUUUUAUGCAAACAGCCAAGAUGUUUGUCAUGUAUCACUUUUGCACUUAUCUAUACAUGUCAUCUACCAUGUAUGAGCAGAUACUGAGAUCACUGCUUAUGCAACUGCUUCGAAAAGAUGGUGACCUAGUCGCUCACGUCUAUGAAGAAUUCGUUCUCGGAAAGAAGUCACCAACAAUAUCUGCCUUGGAGCGGCUCUUACAGCUUCUUUUCAAAAGCGUAUCUGAUGAGCCAUCUCAAACAGAGUAUUUCUGGAUAAUUCUAGACGGACUAGAUGAAUGCGAGCCAGACAAGCAAGCGCGAGUUAUAAGCUUGAUGAACCAGGUCACGUCUCAUAGAUCACUAUCCGGAAAUGCGGUUUGUAAAGUCCUCAUAUCAAGCCGCUCUUCAACAACAUUGUCGCAUUGGCUACGCAAAAAACAGAUUGUUUCCCUCAGUGAAGAGAAAUAUUGCUUAGAGGGAGCAAUACGGCUGUAUGCGGCUCAAAGACUGCAAGCACUCGAACAUAGGUUCCAUCAACUCGAUAUCGCGCCAGGAGAAUUGGACGAUAUUGAACGUCAAAUCGCAAAAAGGGCAGACGGAAUGUUUCUAUAUGCUCGACUGGUACUAGAUUACCUCUCUACCAAUGUAUUCUAUAGUUGCGACGAGAUUAAAGCUUCUGUCAACCAGCUGCCUGAGAAAAUCAACGACUUGCAAGUCAUCCACUAUGGUUACCACAAAAUCUUGACUCAAGUGCUUAUUCAUUUGGAUUCUCGAUCUGUAAACAGGAUCAAGUGUGUGCUUGGUUGGAUCGCAUUUGCAAAACGUCCGUUGAAGAGACUCGAAUUUUUAUCUGCCGUUACUUUCAGCGCUGGGGAUCCAAAUGUUGCCCACCUCUGUCCUCAAUACAUCUUGGACAUCUCGCUCGAAGAACACGGCGUAGCGGCUGUUACUUGCUUGCUUUCCGGAUCAGAAGUAUUUUACACAGCAUACGAUAAACAGAUCACAUAUCAUCGAGUAGUCAAAGGUCUGCAUGGCUUUCAUAUUUAUGCUACUGAAUAUUGGACAGAAUAUCUGCUGUCUCGCGCAGAGUACGUCAGCGGGUUGGAAAACAAUUCGCUCUUGUUUGCCAUGGCUUGUCAAAUGGCGGAUAAGCUCAAUGGGAUGGCUGGUUUAUUGGCAGAGGAACAAUUUCAGACACAAUCCAGCGUACAGGAUGAAAACGCACAGGAUAAAAGAUUAGCAUAUCUGCAACAGUAUCCGAUUUUACAAAAGCAGGUUAGAGCAGCCUUGGAGGCCAGAUCGAUCAAGCAAUUGGAAUACGAGCUUUUACAAACACCUGCUUCGCAGGCUUCCCUUGCUUUAUGUGGCAUUUCAGAUAUGCUCGCAGUGUACCAAGAAACCGUUAGAUCGAUACUCGAUCAAAGCGACCAUCCAGGAAUAUCUUCUGAAGAGCUCGAGCUGUUCAAGAGCCAGUUUCGAGCUUCUGCAUAUACCUGUCGGCUCAAAUCGUGUCCUCGAGCUACAUUGGGCUUCGAGACGGAUAAAGCUCGCCUUGACCACGAAAUAGCUCACGUGCGAAAAUUCAGGUGCACCUUUCCAGAUUGCCAUUUCCCGCCUUUUCUAUCGGCGCAGGCUCUUAAAGGUCAUACCAAUAAAUAUCAUAACCCAAAUCCUGCACCCAAAUCUAUAAGAAAUAUCCAGACGCCACGACCACCGAAAAG